CUGACCUCCAUCUCCAUGGCUCUCUCUGACUUCUACGCCUCCCACUCUUCCUACAAGACUAGGCUCCGUCUUAACAUCAGGGAUUCCAAGAACGAUGUUGUUACUGCUGCUGCCUCUGCUCUAGAUCUUAUAAAAAAUGUGCAAGUGCAAGCCAUCAUAGGGCCAUCAACUUCCAUGGAAGCUGAUUUCGUAACUGAUCUUGGAGAUAAAGCUCAGGUGCCCAUUAUUUCAUUCUCCGCUACAAGCUCAUCUCUUUCUUCUGCUACGAAUCCAUACUUUAUCCGAGCCGCCCAGAAUGAUUCAUCUCAAGUGAAGGCCAUAACUGCAAUUGUCAAAGCCUUCGGAUGGCGAGAAGCUGUGCCCGUUUACAUUGACAAUGAGUUUGGGGAUGGAGUAAUACCUUAUCUGACCGAUGCUUUGCAGGAGAUUGACACCCGCGUCCCCUACCGGAGUGUCAUUUCUGCAUCAGCCACCGAUGAUCAAAUUGUCGAAGAGCUUUACAAGUUGAUGACCAUGCAAACCAGGGUGUUCAUUGUGCACAUGUCCUCUUCCAUCGGUUCCCGAUUCUUUUAUAAAGUGAAAGAAACCGGAAUGAUGAGCGAAGGCUAUGUUUGGAUCAUGACCACUGGACUAACAAAUCUUUUAAGCUCCCUUGAUCCUUCUAUCAUAGAUUCUUCAAUGCAAGGAGUUUUGGGUGUACAGACAUACGUUCCAAGAACGAAGGAACUUGAAAAUUUCAGCAUUCGAUGGAAAACAAAAUUCCAACAAGACAAUCCAAACGUUACUGAUGGCCGGUUGAACGUUUAUGGACUAUGGGCUUAUGAUGCUGCUUUUGCUCUAGCCAGGGCAGUUGAGGAAGCGGGAGCUGCAAACUAUAGCUUCCAAAGGACGAACACAUCGGGAAAUUUGACAGAUCUUGAUACUUUUGGAGUCUCGCAAACUGGUCCAAAGCUUCUCCAGGCAAUAUUGAAUACUACAUUCAUAGGUUUGAGUGGAAAUUUCCAGUUUGUAAAUGGGCAGCUACCAUCAUCUGUUUACCAGAUAGUUAAUGUGGUUGGCAGUGGUGCAAGAGGGAUUGGAUUUUGGACAGCAGCAAAUGGAAUUACAAGAGAAUUGAAUUCCACAAACUCAAACAUGUACUCUACUCCUGCAUCAAAUCUUCGAGCAAUAAUAUGGCCAGGAGAAUCUACUUCCCCCCCAAAGGGUUGGGUCAUUCCAACAAAUGGGAAGAGACUGAGAGUUGGGGUUCCAGUAAAGGAUGGUUUCAGUGAAUUUGUAGAGGUAACGCGAGAUCCUAACACCAACACAACAAAGGUCACAGGUUACUGCAUCGAUAUCUUCAACGCUGUAAUGGACUUGUUGCCAUACUCGGUUCCUUAUGAUUUCAUUCCCUUCGAGAAGCCCGACGGUCAGCCUGCGGGUACUUACGAUGAUUUGAUCUAUCAAGUAUAUAUUCAGAAAUAUGAUGCUGUUGUGGGAGAUACAACUAUUAUUGCAAACAGAUCAAAGUACGUAGAUUUUACGCUUCCAUACACGGAGUCUGGUGUGUCGAUGAUUGUACCGAUCAUAGACAACAGAAGUAAAAAUGCGUGGGUUUUCUUGAAGCCUCUAACUCUGGAACUUUGGUUGACAAGUUUCCUUUUCUUCAUCUUCAUUGGCUUUGUGAUUUGGGUUCUUGAACACCGAGUAAAUGAAGAUUUUAGGGGGCCCCCUUCACAUCAAGCGGGCAUGAUCUUCUGGUUCUCAUUCUCAACCAUGGUGUUUGCACACAGGGAGAAAGUGGUCAGCAACUUGUCUAGGUUUGUGGUGAUUGUAUGGGUUUUCGUCGUGCUCAUACUGACUCAGAGUUACACAGCCAGUUUAACUUCAAUGCUAACAGUUCAACAGCUGCAGCCAACAGUAACAGACAUUAAUUAUCUGAUUAAGAAAGGGGAGUACGUGGGCUACCAACAGGGUUCGUUUGUUUUGGGAUUCCUAAGACAAAUGAACUUCGAUGAAUCCAAGCUUCGGCUCUAUAACUCGCCGGAUGAAUUAGACGAAGCUCUUUCUAAAGGGAGUGCGAAUGGUGGUAUUGCUGCGGCCUUUGAUGAGAUCCCCUACAUGAGGCUUUUUCUUGCAAAAUACUGCUCGAAGUACACCAUGGUCCAACCAACAUAUAAGACUGAUGGUUUUGGCUUUGCCUUCCCUCAGGGUUCCCCUUUGGUGUCUGAUGUUUCAAGAGCAGUAUUAAAUUUGACCGAGGGAGAUGUAAUGGUAAAAUUUGAGGCUGCAUAUUUUGGGCAAGCAAGUUGUCCGGACACCAGCACCUCCUUUUCUUCAAACAGUCUCGGUCUCGACAGCUUUUGGGGCCUAUUUCUCAUUGCUGGAGCAGUUUCCUCCUUUGCUCUAAUAAUCUUCACUUCUAAGUUCUUCUAUGAGCAUAGGCACAUCUUCAUGCGGUCUGAUCCUGAAGCUUUGAUAUGGAGCAGAAUUGUGGAAAUGGCUCGUUGUUUCGACAGCAGAGACCCCUUCUCCCACACUUUCAGAAGAAGUGAGUUGCACGAUGGAGCUGGUGUUGUGCAUAUUGCAGGUGGUGCGGGUUCAGUUGAAGCCGCCUCACCAAGAACAAACUGCCCUCCAAGUCCUUCUAGCCUUUCAAAUCACACGGACAUGAACUUCCCUUUCAGAGAACAGGGAACACCUCCCACAGGGCAUGGCAGUCCAAUUCGAAAUGGCCAAGCAUCUCAAGAGGUUGUGUCGGCAAUUGAGCUAUCCGACCUAAAUCAAGAGAGGCAGAGGACUACUGAGACAGCGCAUGAGAACAAUUGA